AAAUAAAAAUCCGACAACAGAAAACACAGCCCCAAACCUGGACGUUUAUACAGAAAAAGAGCAUCACAAAUUGCUAAUAGCUAUGAAGCAGGGACAGAGGCAGAGCGAGCUCCUUCAGGCAGGGCUGGGAGCUGAGCUCGCACAAACAGCUCCCCGGUGGACUCACGAUCGUGCUUUGCUCGGCUCCGAGGGGGAAGGCGCGGAGCUGCGAUGAGCCACAUCUACAGCAGCCACCUGUCCCCCCUGGGCAGCCCGUCCAUGGUUUACCUGCCCGCCGCUCUCGGCUUCACCCCCGGCGGGGCCAUGUCCCGGCAGGACCCCCCUCAGAAACCCCCCUACAGCUACAUCGCCCUCAUCGCCAUGGCCAUCAAAGAGGCUCCGGAGCAGAAGGUGACCCUGAGCGGCAUCUACCAGUUCAUCAUGGACCGCUUCCCCUUCUACCACGACAACAAGCAGGGCUGGCAGAACAGCAUCCGCCACAACCUCUCGCUCAACGAUUGCUUCGUCAAGGUGCCCCGCGAGAAGGGCCGGCCCGGCAAGGGCAGCUACUGGACCCUGGACCCGCGCUGCCUGGACAUGUUCGAGAACGGCAACUACCGCCGCAGGAAGAGGAAGCCCAAAGCCGCGAACCCUCCGGACGCCAAGGGCACCGAGCAGCCGGCGCCGCCCGCCCGCCCCGUCGAGCCCAAGCGGGCCAAGGGGGACGCGGCGGUGCCGCGGGCGAGUGAGGGGACGGCGCCUUGUCCCCAGCCCCCGGUGCCCCCCGCUGCCGCCCCGCCGCACAAGAGCGUUCCCCGGGGCCGCAGCUUCAGCAUCGAGAGCAUCCUGGCCCAGGGGCUGCGGCCGCCGCCGCCCGGGGCAGCGGCGCCCAAGGCGGCCCGGGCCAGCCCCGGCUGCCGCGGCGGAUCGCUGGCGGCCGGCGGCGCCUUCGGGCCGGCCCUCAACGCUUCGCUCGUGCUCGACUCCCAGGUGCACGGGAGGCUUUACCACAUCGGCAUCCCCUUCCUCUCCUGCUUCCCGCUGCCCUUCUCCGAGGCGAUGUUUAAUUUCCAGUAGUUCCCCCCUCCCCAAUGAACGCGCCCCCGGUGCCGAGCGGGGGGCGCGCUGGGAGGGAGAGAUCGGACUCAGACCUCACCACGCGGGUAAAGACCUAAAAAAUCCCCCCCCAAAAGCGAUGUUUGAAAGGUGACUCAGGAUUUCAGGGCAUUUUCAAGGCGCGUUUUGCUGCGGACUCUCUUUUGCCCCUGCCGGAGCGACUUUGGAAGGUAAAAGCGGCUUUGUGCUCCCGUGGGCGGUGGAGGCAGAGGCAGCACCACGCUGGCCCCAAGCCCCGAGGGCUUUGCUCUGCACCUUUACUCUUUGCAUCCCUCAGGUUCCUCAGAGCAGGCUUCCCCCGAGCCCUUCAGGUCUCUGUUUUCUUCUUUUAUUUUUCCUUUGAAAGCCAAGCCCCGUGCCGGGGGGAGGAGGCAGGGUUUUGUUUUGCCAUCAUUUUGUUUUGCCAUCCUUUUGUUUUGCCAUCCAUAGCCACAGGUGUUAAUAAUGCCCGUAAUUUUGCCAUCAAUACCCACAGGCACAUGAUAAUUCCUGAUGUUCCCCGCUGGCCCAGUCCUCCCAGUGGGUAACUGGAGCUGAACUCAUGGCAAACCAAGCAAUCCAGGCUCACCCUGAAUAUUCCUGCUUGCUUUGACCCAGCAUGGUGUGGAACUGGUUUCCUGCUCAGCACUGGGGCUUUGGAGUGUCCCCACAGAGUUUCUAAUCAUGGAUGUGGCCAAAAAGAAGGAGAUGGAUGUGCAAACAUGAAAAUUUGUCUUUUUCCAACUCUUACUGGGAUUGGUUUCUUAUGACCAAAAAAGACUGAGGCAGGGUUGUGGAGGCCAGGAGAAAAAAAGAUAAAAAGAGACAUCAGCAACGUUUCUAAAGAUUUUUGUAAAGAAAGAAGAAUCCUGACACACUGCAAGAAAUAAGGAAUAUUUUGUAUUUUUGUUUGCCGUAAAUAGAGGCUUUUUGUAUAUUCGUGGAUAAAUGCCCUUUUGGGGAAAAAAAAUUAUAUUCUCAAUUUUCAUUAUGAAACUAAACCUAUAUCCAAUAAAGGUAUUUUUGUUCAGGA